GGAGAGCGCCCAGGGCGAAGUUCGAGGCCGUUCCCGCGCUGGGUCCCGCCGUCCUCGCUGCUCCCGCCGCGCCGAGGGCCAUGGCGCAGCCGCCGCCCGACGUGGAGGACGACGCCUGCCUACCUGAGUACCGCCACCUCUUCUGCCCCGACCUGCUCCGGGACAAAGUGGCAUUUAUCACAGGCGGUGGCUCUGGGAUUGGGUUCCGGAUUGCUGAGAUUUUCAUGAGGCAUGGCUGCCACACAGUCAUCGCCAGCCGGAGCCUGCCAAGAGUGUCUAUGGCUGCCAAGAAGCUGGCUGCUGCCACUGGCCAACGGUGCCUCCCUCUAUCCAUGGACGUCCGAGCGCCCCUAGCCAUCGUGGCUGCUGUGGACCAGGCGCUAAAGGAGUUUGGCAAAAUCGACAUUCUCAUCAACUGUGCAGCUGGGAAUUUCCUGUGUCCUGCCAGUGCGUUGUCCUUCAACGCCUUCAAGACCGUGAUGGACAUCGACACUGUUGGCACUUUCAACGUGUCCCGUGUGCUCUACGAGAAGUUCUUCCGGGACCAUGGAGGGGUGAUCGUGAACAUCACUGCAACCCUGAGUAACCGGGGGCAGGUGCUCCAGGUGCAUGCAGGCUCAGCCAAGGCAGCCAUGGAUGCAAUGACGCGGCACUUGGCUGUGGAGUGGGGUCCCCAGAAUAUCCGUGUCAACAGCCUCGCCCCCGGCCCUAUCCGUGGCACAGAGGGAUUCCGGCGCCUGGUUGGCCCCCAGGCCAGCAUGAAUACAGAAGUCCUGGCGAGCCCCCUGCAAAGGCUGGGGAACAAGACGGAGAUCGCCCACAGCGCACUCUACCUGGCCAGCCCGCUGGCAUCCUACGUGACAGGGGCCGUGCUGGUGGUUGAUGGUGGGGCGUGGCUGACGUUCCCAAAUGAUGUCACGCGGCUGGCGGAUUUCGAAUCCUUCUCUGCUAAGCUCUAGGUGUUCUGUCAUAAGCAACAGAAAACAGACUAAGACAGUGACCGUCAGCGAGCCAGGAAGUGAGUACUCCCCAGGAACUGAACUGGCUGACACCUUGAUCUUGGCCUUUUUAGCCUCCAGAACC